UAGUGUUUGAAGUCCUGGGAAUUCCAAGACAACCCCUGAUGAACAAAAGCUAAAGUUGAGCCCAAAAUUAUUCAUACCCCAGCAAAUUUUGUUUGGUGAUUUGCACUUCUAUUUGGUGAAUGGAUAUGUCUAUGUCCAAAAUUAUUCAUACUUUAUGAUAAUGUUCAGAAUUUAUAAAUUGUAAGAAUGCUCUAUAUCAUAGUCAAAAUUAACUUGAUCCUUUAGAAUUGUGUUAAAAAAGAAAAGAAUAGACAAAAACGCUGUACCGUACAACGCAUACAUCUGAGGAAAGGAAAAGGUGUGGAACUGUAAAUUUUGUACAGUAAAGAAAAUAGCAGUGAUUUGUAAUGGGUGAAUCUCAAAUGAGACCAAAAAAAUAAAGAUGAUCAUGAUAAAAAAAAAAAUAUUAGACUCGCAGGAUUAUACUGUAUGUACGGUACAACUGCUAUUUAGCGUCAAUAAGAAAGUGAGAACUUCUGUUUGUGUUCUUUCACAGAGGUUGUGAAAAUAAUCAAAAUGUUUGCAUCAACAGAGAAUUUAAAUGAGACAUAAAAAGACGCAAUUUAAAUAAAACAGUCUUGAUCCAGAUGAAAUCAAUCCCCAAUUAAAAAAUUCACUUCAUCUUGGUUUCUACCAACUCAUGAGCUUGAGGCUCAUUUCCAGAUCUCACUCAAUUUGCCUAUCUUUGUAUGGUGUCCUUUUUUUUCUUUCUUUUAAAGGAACCCUUUGGGAGUUUUUAUUUAUUUUUUAUUUUAUUUUUUUAUAGAACCCUUAGUGAAGCCAAUGAAGGCCAAUCAGUUCUUGAUUGAAGUGUGUAAAUGGUUAAAAAUAGACUUAAGUUUUGCAGAAAUCUCAACUCCCAAUGUUCUUUUCAGCCAGAAGAAAUGUAUGGGGAAACUUCUGGAAUAUAACGCUGAUGUCAACAUCUGCAACAAUGAGGGACUGACUGCUAUCCAUUGGUUGGCAGUGAAUGGGCGGACUGAGCUCCUUCAUGAUCUAGUCCAACAUGUGUCCAACGUUGAUGUUGAGGAUGCCAUGGGGCAGACUGCGUUGCAUGUAGCCUGUCAAAAUGGACACAAAACUAAUGUCCCAUAUAUGACUGAUGUGUGUUCAGACGGUGUUGUGCCUCCUGGACAGUGGAGCGAACAUCAACCGACCAAACGUCUCAGGGGCCACACCUCUUUACUUUGCCUGCAGCCAUGGCCAAAGAGACACAGCACAAAUCCUACUUUCUCGAGGAGCCAAAUACCUUGCUGACAAGAGUGGGAUCACUCCUCUUGAUCUCUGCGUUCAGGGAGGAUACGGGGAGACUUGUGAAAUACUCAUUCAGCACCACAGCCGACUCUUCCAGAUACUCAUUCAGAUGACACAGAAUGAUGACAUAAAAGAGAAUAUGCUCAGGCAGGUACUGGAGCAUGUUUCUCAGCAAAGUGACAGUAAUUAUCAGAGAAUCUUGACAAGUCUGGCUGAAGUUGCCACCACGAAUGGACAUAAGCUGCUCAGCCUAUCCAGCAGCUAUGAUGCUCAGAUGAAGAGUCUAUUGAGGAUUGUUCGAAUUUUCUGCCAUGUAUUCCGCCUGGGACCUUCAUCACCCAAUAAUGGCAAUGAUAUGGGAUACAAUGGCAACAAAACUCCCCGUAGUCAAGUCUUUAAGAUGCGUAUGAGACAAGGGGAUGCUGUACCAAAAGACACGUGCUCUUGGACAGCUUCUGCUAUAUUAGAUCCAUUGGAGCUGCUUUGGCACUCCCUUGACGAGUGGCUCGUACUGAUCUCCACUGAACUAGACAGAAACAGGAACCCCUUAUCCACCUCCUCCAACAGUGAGAUAGCCUCCCUGCUUCUCAAACAGCGGGAAGUCGAUCACUCUAGCCCCACACCAAAGCUCCCCACCUCCCUGGACCCUCAGAUUGUCAUGGAAAAAGAAGGAUAUUUUGAUGGGGAAGAUGUUAUCUCCAUGACAGCCAAUCGGCUCAGUGCUGUGAUCCAGGCCUUCUACAUGUGCUGCUCUUGCCAGAUGCCACAAGGAAUGACAUCCCCUCACUUCAUUGAGUUUGUCUGCAAGCAUGACGAGGUGCUGAAGUGCUUUGUAAACAGGAAUCCAAAGAUAAUCUUUAACCACUUCCACUUCCUGCUGGAAUGUCCAGAGCUGAUGUCACGUUUCAUGCAUAUCAUUAAGGGCCAGGUAAGAUCAUUAAGGGCCAGCCCUUCAAGGAUCGCUGUGAGUGGUUCUACGAGCAUCUCCUGGCUGGACAGCCAGACUCUGACAUGGUUCAUCGUCCGGUCAAUGAGAGUGACAUCUUGCUCAUCCAUCGAGGUGCACGUAUCAAUAUUUAUACCAACAAAAUACUCAAUAUUUCGGAGUAGCUGUGAGAUGGUUUCAAAGUCUACCAACGAAAAACUGAAGCAAGGGAUUGCUGUCCGCUUUCAUGGCGAGGAGGGGAUGGGUCAGGGUGUUGUUCGGGAAUGGUUUGACAUUCUCUCAAAUGAAAUAAUUAAUCCAGACUACGCGCUCUUCACUCAAUCAGCUGAUGGUACAACCUUCCAGCCCAACAGUAACUCCUCAGUAAACCCAGACCACCUGAACUACUUUCGAUUUGCAGGCCAGAUCUUGGGUUUGGCACUCUAUCACAGGCAGUUGGUCAACAUCUAUUUCACCCGCUCCUUCUACAAACACAUCCUGGGAAUCCCAGUGAACUACCAGGAUGUGUCAUCCAUUGAUCCAGAGUAUGCCAAGAACCUGCAGUGGAUUUUGGACAAUGACAUCAGUGAUCUGGGUCUGGAGCUCACAUUUUCCGUAGAAACAGAUGUGUUUGGUGCCAUGGAGGAAGUGCCGCUCAAACCAGGAGGCACAAGCAUUGUUGUUACUCAAGGCAAUAAGGCUGAGUAUGUCCAGCUGGUGACUGAGCUGAGGAUGACAAGGGCCAUCCAGCCUCAGAUAAACGCCUUCUUGCAAGGAUUCCACACUUUUAUCCCUCCCUCGCUCAUCCAGCUUUUUGAUGAAUAUGAAUUGGAGCUCCUGCUGUCAGGGAUGCCAGAGAUCGAUGUGCAGGAUUGGUGCAGGAACACUGAGUACACCAGCGGCUACAACCCCCAGGAGCCUGUCAUUCAGUGGUUUUGGAAAGUGGUGUGGCAGCUAACCCAGGAGGAACGAGUUCUGAUGCUUCAAUUUGUCACUGGAAGUUCCAGAGUUCCUCAUGGGGGCUUUGCCUAUUUGAUGGGUGGUAGCGGUUUACAGAAGUUCACCAUUGCUGCAGUGCCAUACACAUCCAACCUUCUGCCUACCUCGAGUACUUGUUCACUUCCCAUUGAUUUCAAAUUCACAAGAGACAUUCUUGCACCUGCCGUUGGAGUAGCACAUCAGAUUGAAGAGAAGAAAGGAAAGUUGGGCUACCUCCAAAAACUCUCCAUCCUCACUCCUACCUGCCUGUCAACCCAUUUGGGCCACGCCUGGUGUCUGUUUUUAUUUUUUACACACUUUCAUAUUUUAUGAUAAAAAAAACAAUACUUCUACUACUUCUCAAUUGCAAAUGUUCUUUAAAAGAAACUUGAAAAAAAAUGAAAAACUUUUUUUCAAACUAUACUUACACUUUCUUGUAAACGCUGUAUGUGCUAAAGAGCAAAUUUGUUCAUAACUAUUGGUCAAUGAGGCUCAUUGUCUGAUUUGUCUUUCUAUCUCCACCUAAAUUAUUAUUAGGUCCACCAUUUUAUGUGCUCUGUCCUUAUUUUCUUAUGACUAAUAGAUAACCCUUAUGGCAGAGGAGAACUGUAAAUUCCUGUGCUGGUCUCGAGAGACUCACCUACUUCCUGGAGUCAGAUACAUUCCUUAAUGAGGUGUUCAGGUACCUCAUUGGUAAAGAGAUUACAACAAUUGUUGUUGUUUUUUCCUGUCAAUAUGGUGUGCUGUGUGUACAUUAAUGAGGAAAAAAAUUACUUAAUUUUAGCAAAUGGCUACAAUAUAACAAAGAGUGAAACAUUUAAGGUGGUCUCAAUACUUUCCGUAUCCACUGUAUAUAGUUUGGUGAAAUUCUGUUUUAAGUGUCAUAGUCUGUGUUUGGGUUGUUUAGUUUUGUUCCAUGUUUUCCUGUGUUCCAUGUUUGUCGUGUGCUCAUUUAGGUAUUUUGUCCACCUGUUCUCGUCAACCUUCUACCUUUUUGUCGAGCAAUCAGCUCUCUCCACCCACUCUUGUCUUGUCCGGGUGUUCCUCAUUGUCUCGUCAAUCUGUUUGUAUUUAGUUCCCUGGUUUCUUUCAGUUCUUGUCGGUUCAUUGUCAUUUUAGCAUGUCAUUGUGGCAUGUCAUUGUCAGGUGUCAAUGUCCCUGUCUGUUCCAGGUCUUACUCACCAGUCAUAGUUUGUUUCCAGUUUUAGGUUUAUUCAAGUGUUUCUUUGUUACUUUGGUUUGGUUGUUAUCUGUUGUGGGACUUUGUUUAGUUUUGCUUUAUCCAUGUUCCUUGUUUGCCCUUUUUGGAGAUUAAAUAUUAUUUUUUGAGA